UGGUACCUAUUGUCCCGCCAUAAAAUGUCCCGCCGGAUAAGGCGAUAAGACGAUAAGAUAGACUAGAGGUAGGUACAUAGUAACCAGUCAGCCAGUGCCUGAGCCAAGCUGACCCAGGUACAGCAAGCAGCAAGGUAAAGGUGGGCUGGACCCCACUAAAACUCCUGCACGGUUAGUACCUAAUUCUACUAUGUAUGUAAGCUCCAAUCGAUACAAGGGAGAUAGAACAGAAUGCCCCACUAUCGAAAUCUAAAAAUCGCUUCGGUAUUUUAUUAUAAUUAUCAUGUCAUUCUCUCUUCUCCCGUCGAAAGCGAUACAAGUUGUCGACAUCUAGUAUUUCAGUAUGCCCGGAACCACAGUUGACCCAGUUGAUAUCGAAGUGGCCGAGAGGGCCAGAAACGAAACAAACAACCUUAGACCACGCACUCCCUCGCCUUCAGGCCUGUCUCUUACGGAGUAUAGUGCAAACCCUUCGCCGCCAUCGGAGCGCAGACAGAAGGUCGUCCCCCAGGAAUUUCUCUUGCCCAAUGGGCAUCCUGACUAUCUCCGCUUAAUCCUUACCUCGAGGGUAUACGAAGCAUGUAAAGAGACCUCUCUCACCCAUGCCACAAACCUAUCCAACAGACUCGAAUGCAAUGUCUUACUCAAGAGGGAGGACGAACAGCCUGUCUUCAGCUUCAAGCUGCGGGGCGCUUACAACAAGAUGGCCCAUCUCGAUCGAAGCCAGAGCUGGAAAGGUGUGGUCGCUUGCAGUGCCGGGAACCAUGCCCAGGGAGUAGCCUACUCUGCUAGACUGCUCAAGAUACCAGCAACUAUUGUUAUGCCCUCGGGCACUCCAAGCAUCAAGCACAGAAACGUUUCAAGAUUGGGUGGUGCCGUGGUGCUUCACGGUGCUGACUUCGAUGCCGCUAAAGAAGAAUGCGCAAGGCUAGAAAAGCAGCAUGGUCUGAUUAACAUCCCACCCUUCGACGAUCCUUAUGUUAUCGCCGGGCAGGGAACCAUAGGGAUGGAGCUACUACGCCAGACCAACAUCCAAAAACUCCAAGCAAUAUUCUGUUGCGUAGGUGGAGGCGGCCUUAUUGCGGGCAUUGGCGUCUAUGUUAAGCGUAUUGCACCACACGUCAAGAUAAUUGGAGUUGAGGCCGAGGAUGCGAAUGCCAUGGUCCAAUCCUUGCGGGAAGGCAAGCGAGUGGUCCUGAAGGAAGUAGGCUUGUUUGCCGAUGGUGCGGCGGUUCGGACAGUGGGCGAAGAGACCUUCAGGAUAUGUCAAGAGGUCAUCGAUGAGAUUGUCCAAGUAAAUACUGACGAAACUUGCGCUGCUAUCAAGGACGUGUUCGAAGAAUCCCGGUCUAUUGUCGAGCCGGCAGGUGCGCUAGCUCUCGCUGGACUGAAAAAGUGGGUGUUAGCCAAUCCGUCCAGCAACCCGAACCGAUCCGUCAUAGCCAUCACGAGCGGUGCGAACAUGAACUUUGACAGGUUGCGCUUCGUAGCCGAGCGCGCUACUCUUGGCGAGGGUAAAGAGGCCCUGCUUCAUGUUAGCAUCCCAGAGAGGCCAGGCGCCUUUGCUGAACUGAUCGACCACGUCAUGCCACACGCUGUAACGGAGUUUUCCUACCGCUACGCGACUAACGAGAUAGCCAAUAUUCUCAUUGGUAUAUCAUUGACAGGCGCUGCAGCGGGACGAGAUCAGGAGCUCCAAGACCUCAUUGACCGUAUAAACCGUGCGGGCAUGACAGCCACAGACCUAUCAGGCGACGAGCUUGCUAAAUCUCAUAUCCGUUACCUUGUGGGGGGCAGAUCGGACGUUGCAGAUGAGAGGUUGUACAUGUUUAAUUUCCCCGAGCGCCCCGGCGCUCUCGAGAAGUUCUUGAGAACUUUACAAUUGAGGUACAACAUCAGCCUGUUCCAGUACAGAAAUGGCGGUAGCGAUAUAGGUAAAAUUCUGACGGGGAUCCAAUGCCCCGAAACAGAAGUGGCAGAUUUGGAGAAGUCGUUUAGAAAGAUCGGGUAUCCAUGGGAGGAUUGCACGCAAAGCUCUGUUUUCAAGACGUUCUUGAGAACCGAGCAGUGAUUUAAUUGAGCUCAAGCCACUGGCAAACUGAGAAGAUACGGGAUCGGUAAUAAGAGGGAUAUGAUUACGAUUCGUUUAGAUGAAGGAAGUUAAGAGACCGUUCGCAAGUCGCAAGUCGCAAGUUAUGAUACCUAAAGAAGAAUAGAUUUGAAUUUGCCCACAACAGAAAGGAAGGUGUUUUGAUUUCGAUGCAAUACAGACCGAGGAUUCCAAUAAGUAUACAUAAAUAGGUUUACAUGAAUAGGUUUACAUAUAUUGGUUACGUACAUAAAUGGUAUUCCCUUAAAGCCAGCCAAUAAAAUGCGACAUUGAGAAGUA